AUCAGUAGGUAUUAACGCAAGUUUCAAAUGGAUUGAAAAAAUGGCGACAAGUGAUGAUGAGCCUAUGCAUUUGUAUGAAGUUUUUCAAAAUUGUUUCAACAAAAUAGCUAAUAGGCAAACAGGAAACGACAAGAGUGGAUACCAGUCCCAUUAUGCAGGCAUAGAUCAUGGAACGUAUCCAAGUGAUGAUUAUCAACUUGAAAGUCGAUAUUCGACAACAAAAUUAGGCGGAGCAGCACAUACUAAUGAGACAUUUUUUGAUAACAAUAAUGGACAAGGAUGGUACACUUCCCAAGGUUAUCCAUCAAACACUAUUUAUAAUGAUGGGAGUCAUUCCAAUAACACCUUAGAUACUAGCAAUAACGAAUAUAAUUUUCAUACUUCAAUGAAUCCUUUAAGUGUUCAAGCAUAUCAACAAACUCAGGCACUACCGGGAAUUAGAACACUCAGAGAUAUUGAUGUUCAACCAAAUCACAAUGUAGCACAAAAUAUUCAUUCUCCUGCAAUAUACGCUUCAUCUUCGGGGUCAUCGAAUUCAAUUCCGCAGCAUAGUCCAGCGAUGCCCAAUGAAGCUUUAACUGGAAAAGUAUUAGCGGCAUAUGCUCCAGCCGACCAGAGUAUUAGUAGUUUUAGUUCCAAUCCUUCAACGCCAAUUAAUUCUCCACCUCCUUUAACCAAUUCCUUGCAACAAAAUUCUCAUCCUAAUUUAAAUGGAAAUACUCAGUGGAAUAAUCCGGUUACCCACAUUAGUAGAAUUGUUGAUUCACCAAAUAUUCAUUUAACAAACGAAUAUGGAAGUAAUAUAAAUGAAAGGGUUUUACCUCCGGUAAAUCCACCCGAUCUUCAACCAGUCUCAGAUGCUAUUGGUUUUCUGCGGGGCCAUACAGAAAAUACAGCUGUAACAAGAAUGGAGGAGAGACUGGACGAUGCUUUGAAUGUUUUACGACACCACUGUGAACAACCGCCACUUAAUACUAAUUACAAUAAUUUAGAAACGCCACCAUAUCUUACAACAAAUUCAAUUGCUAAUGUUAUACUUCAAGAUCCUAUAACAAAUGAAAAUAUUAACAACACAGUUAAGCUGGAAAAAGGAAUUAUAUCAACAUCUAAAAAAAGAAAGGACUUACUUUCUGAUCAAACAGAUGUGAAGCCAACUAGUACCUUAAUUGAUGGCAUAUCAAAAUCUCCAAAAAGAGUCAGGAGAUUUAAAAAUUCACGAAGCUGUUCUAGUGCUGAUGAAGAGGAUGAAGAUCCAGACUUAAAAGCGCAAAGAGAACGAGAGAGGCGAAUGGCAAACAAUGCAAGAGAAAGAAUUAGAAUACGUGACAUUAAUGAAGCGUUAAAAGAAUUAGGUAGAAUGUGCAUGUCUCACUUGAAAACUGAUAAGCCACAAACAAAACUAGGCAUUUUAAAUAUGGCAGUUGAAGUAAUAGUUCAAUUAGAGCAACAAGUUAGGGAAAAAAAUUUGAAUCCAAAAGCAGCCUGCCUGAAAAGACGGGAAGAAGAAAAAGCUGAUGAUCGUCCAAAAUUGUCCCAAUCUUAUUUAGCAGGAACGUCAAUGUAUCCCCAUAUUCCACCAUUGCCGGAAAAUUUUCAAAAUAGUCAUGGACAGCCAUAGCACAGAUUUGAGCUUUUGGAGAAAUAUGUAUAUAAAACUUGAAAAAGCAAAAUUAAAAAAAUUUUAUUGUCGCAUUGUAAAAAAAACGGGCAGCUUUUAAAGCAGUUAAUUUUUAAGGACUAAAAUGUUUCCGAAAAUAAUUUUCCAGCUGCAAUCAUAGUAAAACCAAGUUAAUAAAUGGCAAAGUUGAUAAAUCAUACAGUAGUACAUAGUACCUACAUUCUGCACUAAACAAAUUGUUUUCUGAUUUAACUUAGGUAAACUGUUAUUUUAAAAUUUAUAUUAAAACUUUUAAUUAAGCUUGUACUUUAAAUUUAAAAUUGUAUAAAUUUUAUUUAUUUUAAAUAACUCUUAAGCUUUGAAAUUUUUCAAAUGAAUUUUAUUUUUCGGAAGAGUACCGAAACAAUUUGAAAACUGCCCAAUGCCUACAAUAGAUAAUAUAACUAAUUUCAACUGUACAAUCAAUUUUAUCGCAAUAAGUUAAGUGUGAUAUAGCAAGAUCCUAAUCUGGUCUUAAGUUGUUAUGUAUGGCGACAAUUAUGAAAAAAAGAGUAAAAAUUCUGUAUUAGUAAAUUUUAUCUAGUGUCAUUGUGAAAAUUAAUAAUUACAUAUAUGAAAAUAUUUUUUAUUUUUUACGCAUAUUAUUGUGCUUUAGAAGACUUAUUGUAACACUUUGCCAUUAAAAAUAAAGAAAAUGCCAUGCUCAUAGAUAUAUGUGGAUCUUUAGUGUAAAUAGAUAUUUAAGAAUUUAAGGUGCAAAUAAAAUGUUUUCAACAUUACUUUAGUCCUACAUUUAAAUUUAAACAUAUAAUCAGAUUGUAAUAUAAUAAAAAUUAAUUAGAUCAAGAAUAUUAAACAUUUAAAAAACAAA